AUGAAUAAGCUUCCAUCAAGGUUCCAUGUUACCCUCAAAGUCCUUGAGAAUUCCGGCAACGAAAUUUCCAAAGACACCUAUGAGAAGGACUUGAAGAGUAUAUGCACCCUGGAGUCCCAAGAACAUGUUUCCUAUCUGUUGCAUCACUUGAAAGACUUCGAUAAAAUAGACAAGCAAUUUUAUAUCAACGUAUUUAAAGAGGGAAUCAGCCCUGUUUGGGAAGACGAGAACAAUAUGAAUGGAUGUGACUGGAGUCUUAUGCUUAAGAAAGAGGUGUGCCAGAGAUACUUUGAGAGACUUCUUGUAAAUCUAUGUACAGGCUACUUCAAGACGUUUGAGCCCACCGGAAUUGUAGGGAUACACAAGGACAACAGAUUCAAGCUUAGCAUAUGGUCGAAGAACAUUCCAUCGACAGCAGAUUGCGGGGCAAUAAUCAACGAGCUGAAGGCUGCACUGGAGAUAGAUUUUGUAAUUACAUUCCACUACAAAAACCAUUCGAAGAUACUGGCAUAUCACAAAUCUCUUGAUGCAUGA